AUGGCGACGACACCGGCGCCGGCGACGCCGGCCGCGCUUCCCAAGUCGGGCGCGGUAUCCAAGGGCUACAACUUCGCAUCCACUUGGGAGCAGGUUGGUCACGGCGCCUUCGCUUCUGGCAGAUCUGGCCGUGGCCGGGCCCGAGAUCUCGCGGGUGCGAUCGGCUGUUUCAUGGAUCUGACGCUCUAUUGGUUUGGGCAUUCUCGUUUUUUUCAGAACGCGCCGCUCACGGAGCAGCAGAAGGCCGCGAUCGCCGCGCUCUCCCCACGCCGUGGCGGAGCGGCCAUUCCUGCCCAACCCUGGGCUGUAAUUGGGCUUACUUCGUGCUCGAAAUUGUGUGCCUACUGCUUAGCUGCACUGGAGCCCUGUGAAGUUGGGGAAAAGAGUUCAGGGAAGGAUCGAGGUGUGGCUGUUCCAGAGAAAGAAUCUGCUUUAGAGGAGGCUGGUGCGAUGGAUGCAGUCUUGGUGAAUACACAUCAGUUCUACAAGUGGUUUGCAGAACUGGAGUCAGCUAUGAAAUCUGAGACUGAGGAGAAGUAUCGACUCUAUGAGAAUACAUUACAGGGCGUGUCAACACAUGUGACGGUAUCCUUAAGCAAAGGCACUUCAAGCAGGCUCAACUACUUUGACGAAUUGGAAAAUUGGGUCUCAAGCAGCUUUUAUUCCCAAAAUAUGAACAUUGGAAACGAACAGUUUCUUCCACUGUUGAAGCGCCUUGAUGACUGUAUCUCGUAUGUUGAAAACAACCCACAAUAUGCUGAAUCUGCUGUUUACUUGGUCAAGUUUCGCCAACUUCAAUCUCGUGCACUGGGUAUGAUUCGCUCACAUGUGUUGUCAAUACUUAAAGGUGCUUCAUCCCAGGUUCAAGCUGCAAUUCAAGCAGUGAUUCUGGCAAAAACAUUGUCACAGAGG